UUUUCAGAUCAUUCAAUUGCCGCACUUCAAAACUCACACCCACAUCGCAGACAGCCAGGAUAAAGCUACCUGAAGAUCAAGCAAAAUGAAACUGUUCAUAGUACUCAGCGCUCUGAUUGCCUGCAGCUCGGCUGGACUUAUUCGCAGCAGCGGCUGGUCAGGUGGCCGAAGCGGCUGGAGCUCGAAUCCUUGGGGCAGCGGCGGCAUCAGCACAGGUGGCUGGAGCUCGAAUCCUUGGGGCAGCGGCAUCGUUAGCAGCGGCGGCUGGAGCUCGAAUCCUUGGGGCAGCAGCGGCGGCGGCUGGAACAGCGGCUGGUCUUCCCAGCCCAAGAUCAUCAAGGUCAUCAAAGUUGGCGGCGGCGGCGGCGGCAGUGGCUGGAGCAAUGGCGGCGGCUGGGGCAAUGGCGGCGGCUGGAGCAACGGUGGUGGCUGGAGCAACGGUGGUGGCUGGAGCAACGGUGGUGGGGGUGGUGGCGGCGGCGGCGGAGGUGGCUACGGUGGUGGCGGCGGCGGCGGCGGUAAAGGCGGCUGGCAGAAGAAUGGCGGAGGCGGCGGCGGCGGCGGUGGCUGGCAAAAGAGCGGAGGAGGCAGCGGCGGUCAGGGUGGAUACGGCGGCGGCGGUGGUGGCGGCAAGUCCCUGGCCGGCAAUCGGGGCAGCUCGGUGUCCUGGCAAGGUGGUAACGGAGGCGGCGGCAAGCACGGCGGAGGCGGCGGCGGUGGCGGCUAUGGAGGCGGUGGCGGCAAGCACGGCGGUGGCGGUGGAGGUGGUGGCAAGCACGGCGGUGGUGGCUGGUAAACCGCACUCCAGAGCCACAGCAACGAGAACUCCAAGACGAAACGAAAUGUAAAUACUCCGGCUGCUCCCUCGGCUAACAUGUGUUCUACGGCAUCUAGACUUAGAGCUAGAGGCGACUCCCACAAGUGCUAUAACUAACGUUUUUUUUUUUGCUAUCUACCUAGUAGUGCCCAAAGUUUCUCAUUCCUCUCCCAUACUCUAUGUUUAUAUGUACUAAUAAAGAAAUGUUCAUUUUGCUAAAA